CCAAUGAGCACGAGAAGUUCGCAUUGUCAUCACAAAAGCUCAAUCAUUUCCAAACAAAUACAUUCUCUCCUCCUCUCAUCCCUCCUUGCCGUCGUCGAAAUCUCCGUUGCGUUUGUUUUCCGAGAGAAGCAGGACUCAACGAUUUCCUCUAACAAAACCAGCAUGGAACAAUAGGCGAAAUCGACCACAAAUGGAGGAUUUUGUUGAAGACUGUCACGUCGAGAUUGACGAGGAGUACGAGUUCGACGCCUCUCAGUUCUUCGAUUUCACGAGGCCCGAGGGUGAUUCCGAGAUUGAGGAGGUUGAGCGCUGGUUCCAAGUUUCUGGAGAUUAUCCCAAUUCUCCUUUUAUUGUGCAGUUGAAUUUAGAGAAAAUACUGCCUGCGCCAGCUUCGCCCAGCUCUUGUAAAUCAUCAAAACCCAGAAAAGGCACCAAGUCGACUAGCAGCAGUUCGGAUACUGAUAGCAGGCAUGGAUUCCCCCCUUCUAAAAAGAAUGCCAAAGUAAAAGGCAAUGUCGCAGUUGAGGAUGCAGCAAAGCCUAAAACCAAGCCCUCACAUAAUUUAUCUCAACCGCGCAGUGCAAACUUUAUGGAACCUACAGCUAGUCAUUUGGCAAAGCAAAAUGCAGUACUGCAUGACAACCAACAAUCCAGCCACCUUUGCACAAGGUUCCAGAGAACGCAGGCCAAGCAGGACGACAAAAGUUCCAUUGGAUCUGAGAAAAAGAGUUCCAUUGGAUCUGAGAAAAAGAGUUCCAUUGGAUCUGAAAAUCAUGCAACAAAGCGACAAAAGCUUGAGACUGGUUUCUUGAAGAAGGGGUCCUAUUUAAAGCAUAAGUUUUCAUUGUCACAUAAAUCAUCCAAGAAGGCUACUGUUCCAAGAGAACCGGAGCUGGGAACACUGUUCAGAUCACAAAGGCGAAGAUCCAAGAACAGUUCUGCUUCGAGUGAAACCGAAAGCCAAAAAAGCAAGGGUUCCUUUAAAGCUCAUAAUCCAUCAAACAGAAAAAUUUUGCAGGCUCGUUCCUUACCCCCACCAAGAAAGAGCAAGACACCACUUACAGAGUUUCAAGAAUUUCACUUCAAGACUAGGGAGAGGGCCAAUCACCAUUCAUCAGCUAAGGAAAACAGAUCGUCAACUGGUGAAAAACUCCAGGAAAGUCCUCUCGCAGAGGAGUUCAACAAGCUCUCUCUGGGACCAAAGUCAAAGAGAGCGUGUCAGUCGGAAAGGCCAUCCUCAGUCAGCUCCAAGGCAAGUCCGCCAUCCUCGGUCAGCUCCAAGAGUUCAAGUAGAAGUAGCCGUGGGUCUUUUCAGUCAGAGUUGUGGACAUGUCAGCAGAGACCUAAUCAGCAUUGUGGAGCUCGUACGAGACCUCAUCAACCCAACAUCACUAGAAGCUUGGAUAUUCGCUGAAAUUACACAAGAGGUUUUUCUACAAGUGCUGGCUACUGAAAUCCAUCAAAACAUUAAUUCAAAUUCUUUUUUGGCACCCAUUUUUUACUGAUCAAAUCAGAAGUAAAUGUAAUAUAUUCAAAUAGAACUUAUGUUCUCUACUCAACCAUCGUUCUCUAUCAGGAAUCAACUCGUUAGAAUAUCACCAAGUUUUUUAUUUUAUUAUUUUUAAAGAUUAAAAACGAUUUAAGAACAACGAUAUAAAAUGUUCCAUGUUCUUAGA